AUGCCCUUGUUUAUGCCGGACGAAGAGCUUGCUCGGCUAUCUAGCGACACCGCGUCGGUGGUUGCCGAGAAGGCCGAUGAGUAUAUACGGAAGUUAUACGCCGAGUUGGAUAGUGUUCGUGCUAAGGCUGAUGCUGCUUCCAUCACGGCGGAGCAGACAUGUGCGCUUCUCGAGCAGAAGUACCUCUCGCUCUCUCAGGAUUUCUCUUCGCUCGAAUCUCAGAACUCAAAGCUUCAGUCAGAUUUAGACGAUCGUUUAGCUGAACUCGCUCAGUCUCAGGCUCAGAAGCACCAGCUUCACUUGCAAUCGAUUGAGAAGGAUGGUGAGGUGGAGAGGCUGACUGUGGAGAUGUCGGAGUUGCAUAAGUCUAAGAGGCAACUGAUGGAGUUGUUAGAGCAGAAAGAUGCCGAGAUUAGCGAGAAGAAUUCCACUAUCAAGAGCUACUUGGAUAAAAUUGUUAAGCUGACUAAUGCUAGUUCGGAAAAGGAGUCCCGACUUGCUGAAGCCGGUGCUGAAUUGGCACGUUCCCAAGCAAUGUGCAGCCGUUUAUCUCAGGAGAAAGAACUCAUGGAGAGACACACCAAAUGGCUUGAUGAGGAGUUAACAUCCAAAGUUGACAGCUACACGGAACUCCGUAGAAGGCAUUCUGAUCUCGAGGCUGAAAUGUCUGCGAAGCUUGUGGAUGUUGAGAAAAAUUAUAAUGAGUGCUCUAGCUCGUUAAAUUGGCAUAAGGAAAGAUUGAGAGAGCUCGAAACAAAGAUUACUUCAUUACAAGAGGAACUCAACUCGUGCAAAGAUGCAGCAGCGACCACUGAAGAGCAAUACAAUGCUGAACUUUUCACCGCAAACAAGCUUGUUGAGCUUUACAAGGAAAGUUCGGAGGAAUGGUCUAAAAAGGCUGGCGAACUUGAGGGUGUCAUUAAGGCCUUGGAGGCACGCUUGAACCAAGUCGAGAGUAGUUACAAAGAUAGACUUGAGAAAGAAGUGUCGACAAAACAGCAAUUAGAGAAGGAGAAUGAAGACCUUAGACAAAAACUUGAGAAGUGUGAAGCAGAAAUUGAGAAAACCAGGAAAACAGAUGAGCUAAUGCUUAUACCUUUCAGCAGUUUCACAAGACAGGUUGAUGGUUCUGGGACCAGCAACAUGAUAGAGCAAAGCCAGGAUAUAAUUUCUAAGGUUCCUGCUGGUGUGUCAGGAACGGCACUGGCAGCUUCACUCUUACGUGAUGGAUGGAGUCUGGCCAAAAUUUAUGAGAAGUAUCAAGAGGCUGUUGAUGCCUUGAGGCAUGAGCAAUUAGGUCGAAAGGAAGCUGAGAUGAUACUACAACGGGUGUUAUCCGAAUUAGAAGAGAAAGCGGGAGUCAUCCAAGAGGAAAGAGGCGAGUAUGAGCGGAUGGUUGAAGCUUAUUCUCUAGUCAAUCAAAGACUUCAGGAUUCUGUAUCUGAACAAUCAAAUAUGGAGAAGUUCAUCAUGGAGCUAAAGGCUGACUUAAGGAGACGGGAACGUGAAAACAUUCUAUCUCAGAAAGAUAUAUCUGACCUACAGAAGCAGGUUACAAUACUAUUGAAGGAAUGUCGUGACGUCCAACUUCGUUGUGGAGCUGCCAAGGAUGAUGAUGAAGAAGAUGAUCUUCUGCUUUCUGAUGUUGAGAUGGAUAUGGAAUUUGAAACUGAUAAAAUCAUUUCAGAGCGUCUUUUAAAGUUCAAAGAUAUAAACGGACUAGUUGAGCAGAAUGUAAAGCUCAGGAACCUUGUUCGUAGUCUCUCAGAGCAGAUUGAAAGUAGGGAAAUGGAGCUGAAGGAAAAGUUUGAGAUAGACCUGAAGAAAAAGACCGAUGAAGCUUCUUCCAAGGUAGCUAUCGUGCUAAAAAGAGCUGAAGAGCAGGGACAAAUGAUUGAAUCACUGCACACAUCUGUUGCAAUGUAUAAACGUUUAUAUGAAGAGGAGCAGAAACUUCAUUCAUCUUAUUCUCUCUCGUCAGAUUUGCCUCCAGCUGUAGUGCCUGGAAGGAAGAACUUUUUACAUCUGCUCGAGGACUCACAGGAAGCUACGAAAAGAGCCCAAGAGAAAGCUUUUGAACGCGUCCGAAGUCUCGAAGAAGAUUUAGAGAAGGCCAGGAGUGAGAUAAUUGCUAUGAGGUCUGAACGGGAUAAGUUGGCCAUGGAGGCAAAUUUUGCAAGGGAAAAACUAGAGAGCAUCAUGAAAGAAUCUGAACGCAAGAGAGAAGAAAUGAACGGUGUUUUGGCAAGAAACAUAGAGUUCUCACAGCUGAUAAUUGACCACCAAAGGAAGUUACGUGAGAGUUCCGAGUCUCUGCAUGCAGCUGAAGAGCUUUCUAGAAAAUUGUCGAUGGAGGUCUCGGUUCUAAGACAAGAAAAAGAGGUGUUAUCAAAUGCUGAAAAAAGAGCUUCUGAUGAAGUUUCUGCACUAUCUCAGAGAGUUUAUCGUCUUCAGGCUACCUUGGAUACUAUACAGAGUACUGAGGAAGUUCGUGAGGAAGCAAGAGCUGCCGAGAGAAGGAAGCAAGAGGAGCAUAUCAAGCAACUUGAGAGAGAAUGGGCUGAAGCGAAAAAAGAGUUGCAAGAAGAAAGGAGCAAUGCGAGAAAUAUUACUUCGGACCGCAACCAAACUUUGAACAAUGCUGUAAUGCAGGUAGAAGAAAUGGGGAAAGAAUUGGCUAAUGCUUUGAAGGCUGUCUCGGCAGCAGAGUCCAGGGCUUCUGUGGCUGAGGCAAGACUUUCUGAUUUGGAGAAGAGGAUAAGAUCUUCAGAUCCUAAGGCUCUUGAUAUGAACAAUGGUGGAGUUGUCUCUCUUUCGGAUAAUGAGAUGUCCGUGGAAUUGCGCACUGCAAAAGAAGAAAUCGAAAAGUUAAGGGGAGAAGUAGAAUCUAGCAAAAGUCACAUGCUUCAGUACAAGAGUAUAGCUCAGGUGAAUGAAACUGCAUUAAAGCAGAUGGAAUCUGCUCAUGAGAACUUCAGACUUGAGGCUGAGAAGAGACAAAAAUCGUUAGAAGCAGAACUUGUUUCUCUUAGGGAGAGGGUGUCAGAACUUGAAAACGACUGUAUACAGAAAUCUGAGAAAAUAGCCACUGCUGCUGCAGAAAAAGAAGAUGCUCUUGUGUCAGCAUCAGCUGAAAUUGCAAGACUGAGAGAAGAAAGCUUAGUCAAAAAUUCCCAAAUUGAAGCAUUGAAUAUCCAAAUGUGCACUUUAAAGACUGACCUGGAGAAGGAACAUGAGAAAUGGCGUGUCGCUCAGAGAAAUUACGAAAGACAGGUUAUUUUGCAGUCGGAAACUAUUCAAGAGCUGACAAAAACAUCACAAGCUUUUGCAGCCCUUCAAGAGGAAGCAUCUGAACUACGUAAAUUGGCAGAUGCGCAGGGAACUGAAAAUUCCGAGCUUAGUGCCAAGUGGAGUGAAGAAAAAUUGAUGUUAGAGCAGCAAAAGAAUCUAGCUGAGAAGAAGUAUCAUGAACUCAAUGAACAGAACAAAUUACUUCAUAGCCGACUUGAGGCUAUGCAUCUUCACUCGGCUGAGAAGGGUAGCUCCUCUGGAAAAGUAUCGUCUGGAAGCAAUGACUCGGACCAACUUGGAGAUUCUGGGUUGCAAAGUGUAGUUAACUAUUUGCGAAGAACAAAGGAAAUCUCUGAAACAGAGAUCUCGUUGAUGAGACAGGAAAAGUUGCGGUUGCAAUCGCAACUUGAAAGUGCCUUAAAGAUGGCAGAAUCUGCUCGGGGAUCACUUAGUGCUGAGCGGGCCAGUUCAAGGGCAUCACUAUUAACUGAGGAUGAAAUCAAAUCUCUUCAGCUUCAGGUUAGUGAGAUGAAUUUGCUCCGUGAAAGCAACAUGCAGCUCAGGGAGGAAAACAAACACAAUUUUGAAGAAUGCCAGAGAUUGCGUGAGGUAGCUCAAAAAGCUAGGGCAGAAUCUGAAAACUUGGAGAAUCUAUUGAAGCAAAAGCAAACUGAGUUAGACUUGUGCGUGAAAGAGAUGGAAAAGCUAAGGAUGGAGACAGAUCUUCAAAAAAGGAGGUUGCGGGAGACGUAUAGAAACAUUGAUGUUGCUGACUACAAUCGCCUCAAAGAUGAUGUGCGGCAACUAGAGGGGAAACUGAAAGCGAAAGAUGCUCAUGUUGAAGAUUUCAAUAAGCUUCUGUUAGAGAAGCAGAAUAAGAUAUCGCUUUCAGAGAAGGAGCUAACAAACUGCAAGAAAGAACUGAGUGAGAAGGAGAAGAGGUUAGAUGAAGCUCAGCAAGCACAGGCUACUAUGCAGUCAGAGAUUGAGAAUCUGAAAACAGAGGUCACUAAGGUCAAGAGAGCUUAUGUCGUGGCCAAGAAAAAAUACGACAAAGACAAGGAGGAUCUAAACAAAGAAAACCAGUCACUCUCUAAACAGUUAGAGGAAGCCAAACUUGCUGGAAAGAGAUCCACAGGUGAUGCUGUGGCCGAGCAGGCCGUUAAGGAGAGAGAUGAAAAAGAACAAAAAAUUCAGGAGAAAACUAAAGUGGAUGAAGAACUUGUUAAGCUCGAGAGGUAUCAGACGGCAUUGACUCAGCUCUCUGAAGAAUUGGACAAAUUGAAGCAAGCAGAUGGCAAUCUUCCUGAGGGUACUUCAGCUAUCCAGGCUCUCUCUGGAAGCAUAUUGAAUGACCAAGCUGUUGCCUACGUAUCAGCUGUAGACUAUUUUGAACGCAUGGCUCGUACUAUUGUCCUCAAUUCUCAAGGUAGCACAACUUCUACUGAUACGGUGAGUGAACCUUCCCCUGGUACAGUUGAGCCUUCAGCCAUUGCGAGAGCCUCUCCUUCCACGACUUCAAGAGCUCUGGUGGCAACUACCCAGCAGCCACCCAGAGCAGCGUUAGACAUUAACAAAGAGAAGAGAUUGACUCUACAGAAACAAAGCGCUGAGCUUCGCAGACCGAGUAGGAGGAUUAUUAAUCGUCCCCAACUUCCCAAUCCCCAAGGUGAUGUUGAGAUGCCAGAAGCUGAGGGGGCUGGUGAUGAAGGAAAACAGUCUUCCUCCCAUGAAACAGAGACCCAAGCAACCACAAUUGUACCACCUGUUCAAACACAUGUCCGUAAACGCCAGGCUGAUGCGUUGGCUUCUGAACAACAGCAAGAGACUCAAGGGGAAACCAGUUCCGAAAUUGCACCACCUGCAUCAAAGAGGUCAAAAGGAUCCGAGUCACAACCUGAUGUUUCUCCCCAAGACGAAAACCUCUCAAAAGAGCCAGCCAUUGAUGAAUCGAUGGAUGCUACCACUGCCGCAGAUGGUGACAAUGAAGAAAUAGAAGCUGAGACUGCGGAGGAGAAAACUGAAGAAUCUGUGGAAGCACAACAAGAAAAUGAAGCUGAAGUGCUGGAUAAAGCUGAUGAACCUGUGGAAGAAAAUCUAACCGAGACUGAAACCAUCCCUACCGAAGAAGAGCCAAGGGAUCAAUCAGAGCAAGAGAAUCAAGAACUUGGGACAGAUAUGGAAUCCGAUAAAGAAGAAGGAGAGUUCGAACUAGAUACGCUGGAAGAUCUCGACGAGGCUACGGAUCUAGCAAACAUGAUGAGGAGUCCAGAGAAAGAAGAAGUGCAGCCUGAGACGCUAGGUACACCCACACAGUCACCUAGUAGGAUAGAGACAGCAAUGGAGGAAGCUGAAACAGCCAUUGAACCACUAAUAGAAGAUGAUAAGAACGAUGAAGGCGGUGAUGUAGUAGCUGAAGAAGCCUCUGAUAAACCAAACAAUGGUAAUGAACAACAAGCAGCAGAAACUGAUAUCAAGCCAGAGACCGCAGUAGCUACAACCUCCUCUGCAUCUACCACCCCAUCCACUUCCUCUACUCCAGCUUCCGCUAUCACUCAAACCGAAACUCCAGAAACUGAAGAAACAAAAAGAGCGCCAUCGCCAUCACCAAGUGGUAGGCUUGUGACACUAGCUGAUAGAGCAAAAGAGAAUGCAGCCAAAAGACAAGCGGGAGUAGCCACUGUAGGAGGAACCCGAGCUCCUAAUCCAGCCAACAGAGGUCGUGGUCGACCUAUAGUAAACCUUCGAGGAGGUAAUCGAUUGCUUACUCGAGGUGGCCGAGCCACGCGUGGUGGACGUGGACCACCCCCGAACCAGCCUUGA